UUUUUUUCUUUUUCUUUAUCUUAUAUAUUAUGUUCAUACCUUCAUUAGACCUUUCCGAUUCAUCACAAUCCUCACUGUACUCGUCUAUUGGAUACAUUGGUUCUGCUGUUCUCAAGAAUGUUACUUUAGAAACUAUUAAACUUUUAAUUGACCAAACAGGUUCUACUUUUUACUGGGCUCCUGCUACAACUUUAGAAGAAGCUACUCAACUCUGGGACGCUGGUAUUUACAAGGUGAUUUUCCCUGCUUCUAUCUAUGCUACUUUAAAGUCUGACUUACAAGAUAUUCCUGAAGAUCGUAUUGCUCUUUCAACUUCUGUCGAUGCUUCCUUUUCCACUAAUGGUUUAUUCGAUACAUCAGCUGUAAUUGUUAAAGUCGAUACCUCUCUCCAACAACUUUUAGAUCAAAAAGUAUUUAUUGAAACUGCUCAACAAUGGAUUAAGACUCUUUUACCUGAAGGUGGAGCCAAACGUAUUGUUAUUGAAUUACAAGGAAACGCGUCUUUGGAAGCUAUUGAAUCUUUACAAAAACUUGGCAUUGAUACUUUGGUGGAUUGCUCUCAACUCACAACCGAUAUGAAACCUGAAACAAACAAACUCAACAUUGGAGAAGCUUUCAUGGCCAGUGCUACUACUGAUCGACCUGAUGGUUUAUAUGCAACAUUAGUGGUAGAUGAACUCAACAAUGCUUUGGGUUUGGUAUACUCUAGCAAACAAAGUGUAGCUGAAUCUAUUCGUACUGGUCAAGGUGUCUUUCAAAGUCGUGCUCGUGGUUUGUGGUACAAGGGUGCUACUUCUGGUGCUACUCAAACUUUGAAACGCUUGGGUUUUGAUUGUGAUAGUGAUGCUUUAAGAUUUGUGGUUGAACAACAUGGUGCUGGUUUCUGUCAUUUGAACACUCGAAAUUGUUUUGGUGCUGAUACUGGUUUGAGUGCUUUACAAAAAACUCUUCAAGAUCGCAAAGUGAAUGCUCCACAAGGAUCAUAUACAGCUCGCCUAUUCAAUGAUCCUCAACUUUUACGAUCCAAAAUUAUGGAAGAAGCUGAAGAACUUUGUGAUGCUACCAACAAGAAUGACAUUGCUUGGGAAGCUGCUGAUUUGAUUUACUUUGCUUUGACCAAAUGUGUUAGUGCUGGUGUUACUUUGGCUGAUGUGGAAAAGAAUUUGGACAAGAAAGCUCGAAAGAUCACUCGUCGUGCUGGUAAUGCUAAGCCUAAAUGGUCAACACCUACUACCUCUACUACUCCUGCUACUUCUGGUACCCCUCCUGCUGCUACUAAUGGACGUAUUCAAAUGCAAAAGUAUUCUUUGGAUUCCAUUUCUCAAGAAAAGCAAGCUGAAUUAUUACUUCGCCCUAUCAUUGAUUCACAAGAAAUCACUUCUCGUGUGACCCCUAUUAUGAAAGAUGUGCGUGAACGUGGUGAUAAGGCUUUGAUUGAUUUGACAAGGAAAUUUGAUCGUGUUGAAUUGUCCACUCCUACCAUCAAGGCUCCUUUCCCUCCUGAAUUGAUGCAAUUGGAUCCCAAGACGAAGGCUGCUAUUGAUCAAGCUUAUUCCAACAUUUACAAGUUCCACGAUGCCCAAAUGGAUAGAGAAACUUUGGUGGUGGAAACCAUGCCGGGUGUGGUAUGUUCUCGAUUUGCUCGUCCUAUUGAACGUGUUGGACUUUAUGUUCCUGGUGGCACGGCUGUUUUACCUUCUACUACAUUGAUGCUUGGUAUUCCUGCAAAGGUGGCUGGUUGUUCUGAAAUUGUGAUUGCUACUCCUCCUCGUGCUGAUGGUAGUGUUGUUCCUGAAGUGAUGUAUGUUGCUCACAAGGUCGGAGCUACUCAUAUUGUUCUUGCUGGUGGCGCUCAAGCUGUUGCUGCUAUGGCUUAUGGUACUGAAACUGUACCCAAGGUAGAUAAAAUCUGUGGUCCUGGUAAUCAAUAUGUGACAGCUGCUAAAAUGCUUGCUCAAAAUGAUACCUCUUGUUUGGUAUCUAUCGAUAUGCCUGCUGGUCCUUCUGAAGUAUUAGUGAUCGCUGAUAAGACUUGUAACCCUGCCUACGUUGCUGCUGAUUUAUUAUCUCAAGCUGAACAUGGUGCUGAUUCUCAAGUGGUAUUAUUGGGUGUGGAUUUGACUGAUGAUGAAUUGACUGCUAUUGAAGAUCAAGUACACAAUCAAGCUAUUCAAUUGCCUCGUGUAGAUAUCAUCCGACAAUCAAUUCCAAAAUCCUAUUCUCUUCGUGUCAAGACUUUGGAACAAGCAACUGAAUUCUCCAAUAAAUAUGCCCCUGAACAUUUGAUUUUGCACAUUGAUAAUGCUAAGGAUUUGGUUCAACAUAUUACUAAUGCUGGUAGUGUCUUUGUUGGUGCUUACUCUCCUGAAAGUAUGGGUGAUUAUGCUUCUGGAACCAAUCACACAUUACCUACUUAUGGUUACUCUCGUAUGUAUUCAGGUGUCAAUACAUUAACCUUUGUCAAACAUAUUACUUCUCAAGAAUUGACUGCAGAAGGAUUGGAUAAACUGGGUGAUUCUGUUAUGCAAUUGGCUGCUAUUGAAGGAUUAGAUGCUCAUAGGAACGCUGUUGCUAUUCGUGUAGCGGAUAUUCGAAAGUAGAAUGUGAUUCUUUGUAGUUAUUUUUUAUAUAUACAUAUAUUAUUAUUAUUUUUCUGUAUUUUUUUUUUUUAUAUUGAUUUCUUUUAUCAUUUUAAUAAAGAAAGUCUUUUAUAGCAUUGUUAUUCCUUUUUGAUCAUGAAAAUGUUGGAGGAAUUAAAACAAAGAUCAUCUUUGUAACUUAAAUGAUUAGCUCAAUUCUAUUAGGAAAAAUCCGUGACGUUGG